GAAGAUUGGCUUGAUGCCUAGAAGUGAUGCGCUUUGUUUUCCAGGGAUAGAAGUCUUGUCGAUGGCCCCACUGCCAGGGGCAGAGCUGGUCCAGAGGCCACUGCAGCUCUACCGAUACCUGCUACGCUGUUGCCGGCAGCUGCCAACCAAGGGCAUUCAGGAGCAUUACAAGCAUGCUGUCCGGCAGAGUUUCCGAGUUCAUUCAGAUGAGGACAACCCUGAGAGGAUCCAGCAGAUUAUUAAACGAGCCAUUGAAGAUGCCGACUGGAUCCUGAACAAAUAUAAAAAACAAAACUGAGACUCCAGGGCCUAAAGAGUGACGCUGCCUUGGAGACACUGCCGUGGAGAGCCCUCGCUUUGCCUGGCACUAACAGCAGCAGCAGUCUGGGGAUACCCACUGGCCUCGUUGGCUGGGAGCAGGAAAUCAGGGGUAGGAGAAGCUGACAUCUGCUCAGACGGUUCUUCUCUCGUCUUCUUGUGUCCCCAGCAUCCUUUAUGUUUGCUUUUCUAGCCAUUAUGAUGGGAAGUUUGGGGAGAAUGUGUUUUCUCACUUUGCUCUAAAAGUGAUUCAUUUACUCUGGACGUCAUUCUUUGAGACCUGGAGCUGGUGUCCCCUCAGAUGGCAGCCUGUACAGAGGACAGAGCAUGGGUUUUAGAACCAGACAGAGCUGGGUUUGAAUCCCAGCUCAGCAGCUUUUCAAGGGUGUUGGCUUCAAGCCCAGUUUCCUUCUUCGUGAGGAUUAAAUAAGAUAAAAUUGAAGAGCCUGACGCAGGACAUGGUAUGCGGGGGUGCUGGUAAAUGUCUGUCGGAGGAAGCCGUCCUCUGCCAUUGCCGCCAUGCUCUGCACAUCUCUCUAGUGCCAUCCACGUCUUAGUUCAUUGUGGGCUUGCCCUGUCCCUGCUUGUCACCCUGAGCCCUCAGUUUCACCGAGCCCAGCAGUCUACCCAGCAGCUGCUCUUGCUGACACCACGCCUUCCUGCCCAGAGCAGCAGAAGCCCUGGUCCUUGCCUUCACUGAGUGU